AUGUCACAACAAACAUGUCGAGACUGGGUCUCAACUGGCCACUGCCGCUUUGGUAACAACUGCAGGUUUUACCACCCCCCUCGAAACCAACAAGGCGGACAGCAGUCCGGCCGCGGAUUCUCCUCAUCCAAUGCCACCCCUCUAGGCAACCGCAUGGGAGCCGCUGCGUCAAAAUACCAGUUCAACGAUGAGACUGUUCGACUCGAGCUUGGUCCAGAGCGCCCGCAGUGGACCCUCUCUUCAUUCGGAGCAGCAAAAUACGAGCCCAACGUCCUCCUUGGUCCCGACGUGUCGUUUGAGGAGCUGCGCUGGAAGAGUGUCCAGGCGUUGAAGAACGGCACGGGGGCGCAGUACACCCAGGAGGAGACGCAGCUCGUCGGCCAGGCAACGACAACACUCGACAAUGCCCUUAGGAACCUCUCUCAGACGGUGCGCACUGCCGAGAAGCUCCACGACGCGCGAUACCCGACCGGUGAUGUGGGCAACGACCGUCCUCCCGAGUUCAGCGAGGCCGCAGUGCUCGCGCAGGGUUCGGCGUCGGGCGGAGCGAGCGGAUCGGGGUCUGCCUUUGGGCAGUCGACUUUCGGCUCUGGCGGCGGUGGCGGCGCGUUUGGCAAGCCUGCCACAUCGGGCGGUGCGUUUGGCCAGAGCGGCUUUGGGCAGACGGCCAAGCCCUCCGCCUUUGGCGGCUCUGCGACGACACCAGCGGCAGGAAGCGCUUUUGGCUCGAGUGCGUUUGGGCAGAAGCCCGCCGCGGGCGCGUUUGGCUCCAGUGCGUUCGGGCAGAAGCCGGCUACCGUUGGGAGCGCGUUCGGAUCCAGCGCGUUUGGACAGAGUAGCACGGCAGCUAGCGGCGGCGCCUUCGGACAGAAUGCCACCUCGAGCGGCGGUGCGUUUGGCCAGAAUGCCACUGCUGGAGGGAGCGCGUUCGGCCAGAAUGCAAGUGCUGGCGGAAGCGCGUUCGGCACCAGUUCGUUCGGUGCCAAGCCUGCAGGCGGAGCGUUCGGCUCGACGCCUGCGACGUCAAGCGGAUCAGCCUUUGGGCAGUCUGCCUUUGGCCAGACCCCGCCGGCGUCCGGGUCCGCAUUUGGCCAGUCGAGCUUUGGCAAGCCCGCGGCGUCGGGCUCCGCGUUCGGCUCGUCGGCCUUUGGCCAGCCAGCUGGUGACAACAAGCCGUCUGCGUUCGGCCAGCCUGCGACGGGCUCGGCGUUUGGGUCGACGCCGGCGGCAGCGACGACGACGCCGGCAGCUGGAUCCGCGUUUGGGCAGUCUGCGUUCGGCCAGCCUGCUGCGGGAGCGGGCGGCAGCGCGUUCGGCACGAGUGCCUUCGGCAAGCCUGCGGCCAGCGGGUCCGCGUUCGGCGCGUUCUCUGGCCAGGGUUCCACGACGUCGGCGCCGACGAGCGCGUUCGGCUCGACGCCGCCCGCGGGCCAGAGUGCAUUCGGCACACCGAGCGCUCCCGCCGCGACCAGUGCUUUCGGAACGACCAGUGCUCCCACCAGUGCGUUCGGAACGACCAGCACCCCUGGGGCCAGCGCAUUCGGCACGACCAACAACGCUGCGGCUCCCAGCGCGUUUGGCACCACGACAGCCGCCACCACCAGCGCCUUCGGCACGACCAGCACCCCAUCCACUGGCGCCUUUGGCAGCACCCCGGCUACCACCAGCGCGUUCGGUACCACCAGCAACCCCGUCAGCGCGUUCGGCACCAAGCCCGCCACUACCACAAGUGCCUUUGGCACCUCCAGCACCUCCACCAACCCAUUUGGAGGAGCAUCGACACCUGCUGCCCCGUCCAAUCCAUUCGGCACCAAGCCUUCCGCUGCCGCCGGCUCGGCCUUUGGUGCUACCGGCGCCUUUGGUGCGACCCCUACUGGCCAGUCAGCGUUUAGCGGUAACGCAUUUGGCUCGUCUUCAUCUCGCGGCUUCGGCCAGCCGGCGGCCCCCAACUUUGGCCCCGAUGUCUCCGUCCCCGAUGGGUGGUCGUAUGACGACCCCUGGAGCUGGACGCUGCCGACGGCAGAGGGCAAUGCAGAGGGUGACAAGCUCACUGACGAGGUCGUCGCGGCCUUCAAAUCGGACGUGUUCCAGUUCGACAACGUGCCCCUCCUGCCACCACCGACCGCGCUCCGCGCAUAG